AGUGAAUGUCGAUUUCAACUUCUUUCUUCUUUUUUGCGAACAUUUACUCCAAGAUGCAAGUGCCGUGGAAAAGUAGUAGCAGUUGGUGAGGAAAAAACGAGCAUGCUUUCGUUUUAAUAUUAUAACGAUAAUAAAGCAUAAUUAACGUGCGAGAAACAUCAUCACGAGGUGGUGUGUGGGGUGUUUGGUUUGGUUUGGUGGGCAAAAGUGGGAAAACCGCGGGCGCGCGCAAAGCCUUAAUUUCAUGCAUCUGCAAAAGUCUCUUUCUCUGUGUGUUUUGUUGUUGGUGCUGCAGCGGCAGCAAAAGUGAACUGAGUUGGGGGGUUGGUUGGCUUGGUUGGCCGGAGCAGAGGCCCAAUCCGUCAGUCGGCACCAGACCGUCGUCUCAGCAGUUUGUGGUAACCACAGCGUGGUAAAGACCCCGUAGUCCCCGAGCUGGAAAGUGAACGUGAUCGAAAGUGUUUGGAUUCGGUUUGAAUUGUUGUUCCGGAGAGGAAAAAAAGUGAAUUUAAUCAGAUCAGCUCGCGCGCAAGUGGGAUUAGCCUAAUCGAAUCGAGUGCGGUAAUCGAAGGCAGAAGAAAGUGAUUUUUAUUAGCCUAGAGGAACUGGUGGUGAAUUGAUAAGCAGCAGCUGGUUCAGGAGGAUAUCGGAGGAGAAAAAAAAAGUUUGAAUUUGCAUUUAAGCCGGAUCCAGUGCAACAGGACAGCAAACAUACUCAUCAUGCGACUCUUCCUGUGCGGUGCCGUGCUCCUGUGUGCGGUCAUCGUGUCCGCCCAGCAGCAGCAAAAAGCCCAACAGCCCCAGCAGUUCAGCAAUGGCCACACCUCGUCGGAGGAAUCUAACCUGAAGGACUCUGCGCCGGCCGCCGCCGGUAAUGUCCAGUACCGCGCCCGCCCUUCGUACUCGGCCCAGUACAGCUCCGAGGAGGAGGAGGAAGAUCCCCAGCCGCAGGUUUACACCCGCCGCCAGCACCAUCCCCAACAGCAGGACAAGAAGAGCAAAAAGGUCGCCUACUCCAGUGAGGAGUUGGAAGUUGAGGAGGAACCCGAUCGGCUGUCCCAGCUGUUGGAGAAGUCGGACUUCCACUGCAGUGGCCGAACCACCGGAUACUACGCUGAUGAGAGCCUCGGAUGUGAGGUGUUCCACUACUGCCAGGAGAACCAGAAGCACUCGUGGAUCUGCCCGGAGGGUUUCACGUUCCACCAGGUGCACCUGAUCUGUAUGCCCCCGUCCAGCGAUAACAUCUGCGAUCAGUCGUCUAAGUAUCACUUCGUGAACGACUACCUGUACAAGCCGAUCAACAUGGAAGAGCACAUGUCGAAGCCGAACGUGACGCUGAGAUACUCCGAGCGUUACUACCCGGAGAAUUUCUACGUGGACGAGCGUAACUACGACUACGAGCGCCAGCAGCGUGUCCACGAGGACCGCCGUACCCCGGUCCAGCAGACCAAGCAGCAACAGCCCUCGUACCACGUACCCCAGCAGCAGACGAUCCGCAAGCAGCCCGUCUACCAGGGACCGACGACGCCCUCCUCGUACCGGAUAGUGUCCCCGGCCAGCCCGACCCACCAGAGCGUGUACCGCAGCCCGGAAGAGAUCAACAUCUCGCUGCAGCAGAGAAGGCCCACCUACACGCCUACUACGCAGCGCUACGAGGAGGAAGACGAGUACGGAAGCUACGAGCGGAAGUAGGCCAUGACGAUAGGAGCGGUCAUGUAAUGUGCCGAGAAGGACAGUUUUAGGGUUAGAAUUUAAUGAUUAAUGAUUCUAGUAGACGUAAGCCACCCCAGGAGCAGCGCAGUUUGAGUUCUUUUGCCAUGACACCGAAACUGUCACCUGCUGCUCCAUCUGUCAACCUACGAUUUUCCCCCCAUUUUUCCUCGAGCCUCAACGCACAAUUUUCACUACUUUUGCAGUGACUAUUUGUUGUAAUGUUUUUGUUUAUUGUACUCUAUCGAACCAUCUACUAAUACCGUUUUAAAUAAAGAACCGUAGUUUAUUAUUUAUUCUUACAAAAAAAAAUAA